AUGCCCGGGAGGCCCCUGACCGCGCCGAGCUGGGCGCUGUUGCUGCGGCUGCUGGCCUUGCUGCGGCCCCCAGGGCCGGGCGAGGCGUGCAGCUGCGCCCCUGCGCACCCCCAGCAGCACGUAUGCCGCUCGGCGCUAGUGAUCCGUGCAAAAAUCUCUAGUGAGAAGGUAGUUCCUGCCAGUGCAGAUCCAGCUGACACUCAGAAAAUGAUCCGGUAUGAAAUCAAACAGAUAAAGAUGUUUAAAGGGUUUGAGAAAAUCAAGGAUGUUCAGUACAUCUAUACACCUUUCGACUCUUCUCUCUGUGGUGUGAAGUUAGAAGCCAACAGCCAGAAGCAGUAUCUCUUGACUGGGCAGGUCCUCAGUGAUGGAAAGGUCUUCAUUCACUUGUGCGACUACAUCGAGCCCUGGGAGGAUCUGUCCUUGGUGCAGAGGGAAAGUCUGCAUCAUCACUACCAUCUGAACUGUGUCUGCCAAAUCACCACCUGCUAUACAGUGUCUUGUACCAUCUCGGCCCCCAACGAGUGCCUCUGGACAGACUGGCUGCUGGAACGGAAGCUCUAUGGGUACCAGGCCCAGCACUAUGUCUGCAUGAAGCAUGCUGAUGGCACCUGCAGCUGGUACCGGGGCCGCCUGCCACUCAGGAAGGAGUUUGUUGAUAUCAUCCAGCCCUAGGGACCAGUGACUACCGCAUCUCUUCAAGAGUCCUGAUGAUCAAGUCAGUUCUCUUCUCCUGUGGUUAUGUGGCCAUUACCACAUGCCCCACUGUUGCCAGCUAAGGGGAAGUGCCAAGCAGAUGGCUUGGCCAUGUUACAGCUUGUGUCCAUGACCAUGGUAGGCCAGAAUCUCUCAAGACCAGGGAAGACAGCACAACUUUUCUGGCCUGCCCUCAGCCCUUCUUUCCUGACUCUCAGACCCCAUCAGUCUACCCUGAAGCUAUCACUGAAAGUUUCAAUUCUGGGUUAGUUCUCUAAAACCAAGACUACUCCCCUUUGUCCCAUGGAAAUUGUGACCUCUUUUGCCUUAACUGAUCGGAUAGGGGAGAAACAGUGAAUGUUAUA